GCAGCUCUUCUCCAUUCUGCCCCUCCACGAACGCAUCGCACUCAUUCCUUCUUCCAGUCUUGCUGGAUUUUAUCUCCACGAAGGCUAUUCUCCAUUGUUCUCUCUCUGUCCAUACUAUUCAUAAUUCUGAAUUAUCUUGUGACAUUUUUUUUUCUUUUUUCCUAUUCUCAUAAUUCUUGGUUGCCGUUAUAUUCUGACGACAAGAAAAGGGAAAAGAAGAACAAGGUAUAACUACCUGGGACGACACACUUUGGCUGGUUCACACCACUUCUCUCGAUACACCCAUCCAAUUGUAAACGCUCUAAGCCAUCGUCUCAACUGCAGGAUACAUCAAAUCCUUCCAAUUGCGACUCCAUGUCCGCGCAAGGUUCGGAACCCGUGACCAUUGUGGUCGAACAUCUGGACCCCGAGCUGGGCGCUUGGUCCGCCCUGGAGUAUGGCUGCAUUGCCCGUGAAUCACACGCCGCGGGAAGCAAAUUUCUCCUCAGUUCGGUGCCCACCUCCUUGCAGAUGCCAGAAGACCUGGCUGCUACCCCAGGCCUUGGGGUGGAGCAUCGCAGUGUCGAGCAGAUCUUUGCGGAUCGGAAAUCCAGAGUCUGCCUGCUGGACCCCGCUGCCACUGUGGAGUUGAGUCCCGCUGAUGCAGACACUUUUGAUGUCUUCCUUUUCGGAGGUAUUCUUGGCGAUGAUCCUCCUCGUGAUCGGACUUCCGAACUGCGCAAGAAGGGUUAUGCCGGAAGAAGACUGGGCCCUAAGCAGAUGACCACGGACACGGCGGUGCGUGUUACGCGCAUGGUCGUGCAUGAGAAAGUGCCCCUGGAGCAAAUUCAGUACAUUGACUACCCGGAAAUUUUGAUUAACGAGCAUGAACGCACCGAGAUGCCGUUCCGCUAUGUAAAGGGCGAUGAUGGAGAGCCAAUCAUGCCCAAGGGCAUGGUUGACUUGAUCAAAAAGGAUGCUGACCAGGGCAUCGAUGAUCUUGUUUAAUCUGGUAUACCAGCGACGGACGUAGCUUGUCGGAAAAAUAAACCUCUGUACAGGAUAUUUAAAGAGAGAAAUAUAAUAAGAAAUCAUGAGCGC